CAUGUACGUUAAAUAUACGAAAGUGCGGAUAUAUGAAAUUGGAAGCAUUGCCAAGGCAUCAAACCCAAACAGUGGAUUAUCCGUAGAAAGUGCAUGUAUCUCAUGACAAUACUGUGUUCAGGCGACAUUCCGAAUCAUUGAUGAAGUGUUCUUAGUACAGUGAGUGACGGGUUGCCAUGACGACCAUGGAGUCGCCACAAAUCCAGGUGACAUCCUAUGAUGAUACAAACAAGAAAGUCCAAGAUGAUGACGAUGAUUUGGACAAAGAACUCGAAUCAUUUAUAGCUACCAGAACGGUUGAGGAACGUAAGGAGAAUGAUGACAAUUCUUCCUUGGGAUCGCAGAGUUCACGUGAAAGUGAGGCUGAGAGGUCAACUGUCAAAGAGGAGCAAAAGAUGGAGCCAAAAGAAGAUGUUAUAGAAAUAGGGAAGGAGGAGAAAAAGGAGGACAUGGAUAUUAAUAAAGAGGAAAGAAAGGAGGAAGUGAAAGUAGAAGAAGAAAUGGAAAAGAUGGAAGUGAAAGUAGAAAAAGACCAAGAAGAGACAGAAAUGAAAGUAGAAAAAGAGGAGAAAAUGGAGGAUGAAGUUGAGGAGAAACAUAAAGAUAAAGAGGUGACCAAAAGUGACAGAGACACUGAUGUUGAGGUGAACAGUGAUGGGAACGAUUCUCGACCUAGUUCAGCAAUGGCUGACAGACGAGAAGAGUCAUCAAGAGAGAAAAUGACAGAUGAUGAAGACUCAGAACCAGAUGACUACACAUUGACUGAGGACCAGAAACGAGCCCUCAAAGAGAUAGAGUACCUAAAGAGUGAGAUGGGAUUACCCGAGGAGGACCCCCCAGAGUAUGACGUAAAAGAGCGGUUAAAAACAUUGAAUGAAGAACUUGCCAAUGAUCCAACACCAGUUGAAAAAAGUAACUCUAAAGUGAACUUUAAGGCUAAUCUUGUGGACUUGGUGGCCCCACCCCCAGACUAUCCAGACGAAGAAACACCCCGAGAAAAUUCUGAAGCACCACCACAAUCUCAGGCAUCGGAGACUUCCAAUGGUGAAAAAGAAAACGGAAAUAAGGUUCUCAUUGAGCGUGAUGGAAAAUUUGAAUUAGUGAGUGAAAAUGAUGUAAGAGCCAAGGAAAUGGGACUCCCUGUAUUCAGUGGUGAUGAAGAAAAUGUGAACAAUAGUAACACAUCAGACUCUAGUUCUAAUGGUGAUUUCAAUCGCAAGCCUGCCCCACCUUCUCAACCCAGACCUGCAACAGCGAAUGGAAAUUCCCGACGCACUAGACCAGGGUCAUCGAAACAGAGAGCAUCAUCAGCUGGGACGCACAGAGGUGCGGUGUUAGGGGACUUUAAUUAUAAUUCACCAUAUGCCAUGUCCCCUAAGGAUAAAAAACUUGUAGAAGAACAGACAAAGCAGCGAGAACAGAGGGAGAGAGAUAAGAAGAAGCUGGAACAGCAGGAGAAAGAAUACCAGGAGCGGGACAAUAAUGACGCCUUUCAGGCCUGGCUACGGCAGAAGAGAGAAGAAUCCCGAGCACGAAAACAGGAGGAGGAGGAGAAGAAGAAAAGCAAGCAGUCGCCGAGACAGCAGAAUUCCCAUGGUAACAACUCUGACAUGGAAUCGUAUGAGUCCUUACCCCAAAGUGAUGAGCAGGAUGAGGAAGUGAAGGAGGCGUAUUCAUCGUGGCUGAAAAGCAAACAGAAACAACUACGACAGGAAAAACUUCUGAAGAAACGAGAAGAAAUGGAAUCCACAGACGGCUUCUACAUCCGAUCUCGCCAGGAGUGUGACCAAGCCUUCCGACAGUGGCUAAAACUAAAAAAUGCGGAAAUUCGGAAAAAACGAUCAAACGAACGGCAGAAAGUCAAACUGCAGCGGUUGAUGGUGAGACGCAGCAGGAGAGCUAACUUGCUGCGGAGGUCGAUUGUGUUUUCCGAUGCUUUUCGGUUUUGAUCAUCAAGUCUCUCCAAAAAAGCUUCAACUGGAAGUGAACUUGCCGAGAAAAUAUAAAUAUUUCCCAAAGGAUAAAAAAAAACCCAUACCUAGUCUAGACUUAAUCGUGAGAUGUUUGGAACUUGAGACGCUGUGAUAUUAGAUGUAGGACAAACUGUAUUUGGUGUAGUGUUACGGUUAACUAAUCAAGAUUGUUAUUGCAGAUGGAUUAAAAAAAAGAGUUCAGAGUCGAGAAAGGCACGUUUCAUGGAGCAACAGCAACACAGACUUAGUCGCUUAGCAGCACGAAAAACCCGAAAAAACCUGUCCAAUUUAAAAGCUAUGAAACAGUCUAAUUCGUUCGUUUAUGUUGAUUACUAUGGUUACAGAUAUUAGUUUUUCUUUAUCAGGGCCAUUAUUUCUAAUGUAUUUAAUAUAUACUUAUUUUGUUAGUUAAAAUUACUUCUUUGAUGCAGAUUCAGUGAGUUAAUAUUACUCAGAAAAUUUUUAGUAUACAUGUAUCAGUGUUGAUGAGUUAUGAAAAAAGAUGUCAAAAAAUCAGAUGUUACAUGUACACCAAAUCAGCUUUGAUUGUAGCCAGGGCAUGGUAGCUUGCAGAAGUCAUUGAAGUGGUGAGAAUUUUCCUAAUUUUCUGUUUUAUUCUUGCAUCUGAAGUCAAUGGCAUUCCCUCACUCUCCAGAGCUGUUUGUACAGUGAUGAGGGGAAAAAAUGUUAAGCGAAUAGUUUUCAUCAUUAUUGUUUCUUCCAAUAUGUACAUUAUUUUGUUGAAAUCCAAUAUAUAUAUAUUAUUUUAUAUAUAUAUAUACCUGUUGAGUUUUGUUUUAAUUCUGUAUGACUAGCUCUGCCACAGUAUACAUGUAUCUAUAUAAAUGAUCAACACCAGACAUCAUCAUCAUAAAUUAGUCAGAAUCAAAUAAAGCAGGCAUCUAAGUUUGUUCAUCGUUUUAAUAUUUACCAGCUAAUUUCCUCUGCCGUUCUUUAACAGUAAGGACAAAAACUGAACACAAUAUUUCUUCGUUGAUGUUUAUCUUUUAUUUUUAGGAUCAAACAAAAUCCUCACAAUUUAAGAUAAAGUGUUUUUAAAAAAAUGUUUAGCUCUGAAAAACUAACUUCUUAAUUUUCACUUUCAAACAAUAAUCAUAACUGAUUUUGGUUUGAGAAUAAAAAUGACAUGUCCGUUGGGCCUUUAAUUGUGGUUGAAGAUUUUUUUUAUCAUUGUUAUUGAAUUGAAUUUGUGUGUAUGCUGCUCGUAACAUGAAAAUCACUCCCCCCUUCCAAAAAAAAAAAAAAAAGAAUUUUUUUACUGAUUUCACAGUAUACCAAGGCUGUUCUGAUGAUGUCUUAUGAAAUGCAGCUUAACAAGUACUUUGUUGGUAAAUUUACAGAAAAUACAUGUAUGUGCACAUUUGAAACAUGCAUGUUUAAAUAUCAAAAUUGCUUUUAUUUCUCUUGUUAAAAAGUAAGCAACGAAACUAUGUAUACGCUAUACUUUGGCUUCAACGACUCUUCUGUGCCAUUAACUUAUUAUUAUAUCGAUGUUUUAAUCAAAAGUUAUUUUUAACUUUCAUCAAGGAAACACUCAUUAACAAUCAAAGAUGUAGCUUUUUGUGAUAUUUCAUUGUAAAAUGAAAAAACAUGAUAUUUCAUCGUAAAACAUGAUAUUUCAAUGUAAAACAUGAAAAUUAAUUGAAAAUAAUUCUUUUCUUCAUAGUGUAGGUUGAUGUUGAUUUCCGAGUUAAUUUUAGUUGCAUCAUUUGAUAUUAACAUGACAAAGCUUGAGGACUAGGUCUGUGAUUGGUUACUAUAUAUAGUUAGUGUGUGGAACUAAUGAUACUGCGCAUGUCUGUUGAUUGUUACAACGUGCCCGCUGUGGGCUGCAGAGUGUGUGAGAGAAUGAGAAUGAGAAAUAUGCAUAUUGUAAUAAAAACAUGAAAUAGAA